GUUCAAUCAAAGUUCAAAGGGUUUUCCUACAAAUCCUAGUCUUUUAGCACAUCGAAUAGCCAAUAAGAAUACCUUGCCCCUUAUCAAGAUCUUCUACGAAUCCGAUUGUCUCCUAGCUAUGAUGAUGAUGCCAUUUGUAGUAAAAGGGACCCUAUCCAUCAUCCAUCACCAAAUCCAUAUUUGGCGCUCCCACACCUUCCAUUUGAAAACCAUCCUCUUCUCAGUUCUCAAAUGGCCAGACACUACUCGGAAGCUCAUAUCUGCCAGUGCUUGAGUCGGUUAUCAACUUUCCGGCGUAAUUCUCCGAUCACAAUCUACGGCAGUAGAGUUAAAACUGGACAAGAGUUUGUUAAAGGAGUUUUGGAUCUCUCUUCUGGACUCAUCCACUUCGGUUUGAAAUCCGGUGACGUUGUAGCCAUCUCUGCGUUCAACAGCGAUCUAUAUCUGGAGUGGUUAUUGGCUAUCACAUUUGUUGGGGCAAUAGCUGCAACCCUCAACUACCGAUGGAGCUUGGAGGAGGCUCUAUUUGCUAUGGAAGAUGUGAAGCCAAUCAUGUUGAUCACUGACAACGAGUAUAACACUAACUGGCAUUCAGAUUUUCAAGCUCAUUCUCUUCCUUCUCUAAAAUGGCAUGUUCUCAUGGACACCCAUAACAGAUACAGCUCUACAGGGAACAACAUAUUAACUACCAAUAUGCUUAAGAUGCCUUCUCCAAAACCCCAAUCAUUCAACUACACUUUAACCUGUAAUGGAGUAGCAAUCGUGUGCUUCACUUCAGGGACUACAGGAAGGCCAAAGGGUGUCAUGUUAAGUCAUUCAGCUUUGAUUGUACAAUCUCUUGCCAAAAUUGCUGUUAUUGGUUACACUGAGGAUGAUGUGUACUUACAUACUGCUCCACUAGGACACGUGGGUGGACUAUCAUCAGCUCUAGCCAUGCUUAUGGUAGGAGGACGCCAUGUCAUGAUGCCAAAAUUUGAAGCUGAGUCAGCUCUUGAAGCUAUUGAAAACCAUCAUGUCACUUCCUUCAUAACAGUUCCUGCAAUUAUGUCUGAUAUGAUUUCUUUCAUCAGGGAGAAAGAUACAUGUAAAGAGUUGAUAAUGGUGAAGAAGAUUCUAAAUGGUGGUGGAAGCCUUUCAGCCAAUCUAAUCAAAGAAGCAACAAACGUUUUCUCCACAGCUGCCCUUUUCUCAGCUUAUGGGAUGACUGAGGGUUGUUCUUCUCUAACUUUCAUGACACUUAAUGAUCCCACAACAACAAGUGAACAAGAAGAAGGUGUUUGUGUUGGAAAGGCUGCACCACAUGUUGAGUUGAAGAUUAGCACAGAGGAUUCAAACUCAGAUUCAGGCCAUGUUGGACAGAUUCUAACAAGAGGGCCCCACUUAAUGAUCGGAUACUGGGGGGACCGGGACCACCAUAUUCCAAUAAAAUCUAGGUGGCAUGAAACCGGUGAUAUAGGGAGAAUAGAUGAUGAUGGUAACUUAUGGCUUAUUGGACGCAUGAAAGGGCGUAUCAAAAGUGGAGGUGAAAACAUCUAUCCUGAAGAGGUAGAAAGUGUGAUGUUAAAGCAUUCUGGGAUAUCUGGAAUUGCAGUGAUUGGAAUUCCGGAUUUGCGUUUGAGUGAAAAGGUGGUUGCUUGCAUCCAAUUAAACCAAAGCUGGACAUGGACAGAUUCAGAUUCAGAUUCAUCUACACACAAUCAACAAUGCAUAUCCGCUCAAAUGCUCCAUCAAUUUUGUAGAAAAAAUAAUUUGACUGGGUUCAAAGUUCCUAAAAUGUUUAUAAGAUGGAACAAGAAGUUCCCGAUGACAACAAGUGGGAAAUUGAGAAGAGAUGAACUCAAAGCUCAAGUUUUGCUUCAUUUAAACUUACUCUCAAGCAGCCUAUAACAUAGUUUCUUCAGUUUUACAACAUUUGUUUCUUUUAUAUUUAAAAAAAAAAAAAAAAAAAAAAAAAGGUUGAUAAGAAAGCGUUUUUGUGCAUAAGCUACUUAAGUUGAUAGUUACCCCCACCGAAGGGUUGUUAAGUGCAUGGACUUGAUUGUUAUCA